CCGUCCUCAAAACGAACAGGCGGCGUCGAAGAUCCAAUCAAGAUUGGAGAUUGCAUCUCAACAUUGUAGUUGUGCAAAGAAGUCUUGUCGACAAUCGGAGAUAGUUGCCAUUUGGUGAUCAGCACUUUUUUGAAGGGGUUAACAACGCCAAAGGAUGACGGCGGAAUACUGGGCCGACCAUUUGCUGGCGCUCACCGCGCAUGGGGAUCGUAUUCUCAACGCUUUGUAUUGCGCACGUCAUACUUUGAUUCCGCACGAGGGUGAAAGAUCGCCCGUAUCCGCCACGUCCUCUCCGUCCGCUGCUGAUGUUUAUUCGAAGGGCGGCUCACCAGAUGUCGCAUACACGUACAAUGGAGCUGCUGUCACGCCCUCAUCCCCUUCCCGGCCGGCAUUGGAAAGAAUCAAGAUCUUGAACGAUCCGGCUAUUGCCGAAGUUCUGAGGAAGCUGGUGAAAAAGUUUCCUGAAUCCAUCGACCUUACGAAAGAUCCCAAACACCAGGCUUUUCGUGAUGCCCAAGUGCAGAUUCUUGCGGAGUUGAAGGUCUACUACAAGGUGCUCGUGGCGUCGAUGGAGUACAUAGAGACUGGAUUGAGUGCACUUCAAGAAUCAAUCAAUCUCGUGAGCUUGAGCUUUGAUACAAAUCCCGAACUUGUCGACUACUUCCUGGACCUCCUGGUGUCGCACGUGUCUGCAGUCUACAUGCUUGCCGCCUUUGGGCAGGAUCGGAAGAUCAUUGCCGCGGUAUACGGAAAAGCAUACCAGAUUGCGCAUGGAAUGCAAGAUCCGGAUUACGCAAAGCUAGCCAAACAUAUUCUUUACUAUGACAAGCCGCUUUUUGCGAUGCAAGAGAGUCUGGGACUCCUUGCUUCAAAGAUCCUCACCCUUUUGCUGGAGAUGAAGCCCGACCUGGAACUCCGCCUCUGCGUCAAAGCAGAUAGUUUCCGAAAAAUGGCGAUUCUCAGUCUGACACCUGAGAUGAGCGGAAUCAAGGCGCCUGAUCCAGAUGAACGACAUCUGCAAAAAUUGACGGAGAUGGGCAGGCAACACAGAAUUUUGAUCUUGGGAUUCUUGGUGGCGGGCCCGGAGAUGGUGAAGCUGCCGGCGUACAUGGAUGUCUUGAAGCAAACUUUGACGUAUGGGCAUGUGGUGCCGCUGGUUCGGAAUGAGAUGCUGAACAUCGCAGGCGAGUUCGAGGCCUCAUUCAAAGCACUAAAAAAGUUUCCGGGAUCGAGAACGAUCGUCAGCGAGACCGUAACCGCAAAUGCUGCAAGCAACCAGUUGUUACAUAAGGACAGGAGAGAUUACCUACGGCAUCAGUUGAAACAAAUGACGUGCUUGACAAGCGACAGCGCUAUCUUAUGUCUGAAGUUCCCAGUGGUUACCAGCGCGCUUGGAUUUGCACGCGACGAAAUUCUGUGGUAUUUCAACCAUUUGGAAUUGGACACGGGAAAGAAGAGAAGCAAAAAGGACGUGCGAACGCUGGACGUUGGCAUUUUGGAGCUGAUAUGGCUGAUGAAGGAUCUGGCCAACAAGGUUGCCGCCAAAGGAGAUGCCAUCAAGGACCACAUCGCGGAUCAAAUCGUCCAGUUCUACGGACCGCAGCUUCUGCGUAUCCUCGACAAUACACUCACGCCCGACAUUCAGGAGGAGCCUUAUGGAAUUCUGCUGGCGGACAUACAACGCGUGAUCACUGAUUUUGUGAACGGACAUUUCGUACAUGUUCUCGAGGCCGGAGAUCUGCAGAGUCUUCGAGUGAAUUGGCUCCGCUUCCAGGUCGCUUCUUCAUUGCCAUCGGCUGGUGGUGUAGCCAACAUAUCCGACAUCAGCUGGUUUAUGACCAACAUUUGCGAUCGCACAAGAUGGCUCGAUCAAUUCGAGGUGUCUCUGGUCAGGCUCUCGGGAUUGAAGGAACUCUGUUUCUACCAGUCGGCCCUGCAUGAGCAUCUGAGGGAUUGCUUGGACAACGCCCCAGAGCUCGUCCGUUAUGUGGGCGCUUUGGGAUUUGUAGCUGAGGAGUUCUUCAGCAACGUCACUGUAGCGUGGCCACUCGAGGCCAAGCAUUUGUCGGUGCACAGCAUACUGUUCGCAACCGAGAUAUACUCGGUCCUCGGGCAAUCAGCAGCAUCUCUCGCCCACGAGAUCGCAUUGCACUCCGUCGGUUAUCACAGCCAAGUUCUCACAUGUGAGGCAAUACCAGCGUAUCAGAAGGCGACAGGCGCAGAUAAGCUGAAGAAGAAGAAGAACGCGCCAGAGAGGCCGAUAAUCAAUCCUGGAUUUGAGAGCAUUUUGAAUGGGACUGAUGCUGGAGCUAGGAGUCUGGAGAGAAAGAAGCACCUUAUGCGGAACUUCCUCUUCGCUCUCACAAAUCCCGUGGUCGCGACCGUGUAUGAUUCUGAGUUCCAUCCGUUCGAGUUCUUUCUGGAAGCUUUUGCCGAACGGAUAUCUGCAUAUCUCCUCUCUACGGUCUACAAGCCGCCAGACCCAUCCGCGCAAACGUCGCUGUUCGGCGGUUCGUCGGAGGACAUCCUCUCCUUCGACCUCAAGCGCCCAUCAGUGUAUCUGCAGGAGAUGAAAGCGUAUAUGGCCGCUAUCCGCUUCUUGGACUCGAUGGUCCCGAUCAGCUGUACAUCUGCCAUUCGCGACAUCCUUCUGGAGAAGAUCAGCGACGCAAAUGCCAGAGAAUACGCAGCCACGCAGCCGGACAGCAUGGUGUACCAAGUGACGCGGGACACCAAAAAGUCUCGAGGGAACAAGCCAAGUCUCAUCAACACGACCGUCUCCCCACCUGUGCUUGCGCUCUAUGUGGCUUGGUACUCUGAGCUUCUGGGAUCGAAAGCGACAUCCGGCACCGUGUGCUUUUCUCCCAACCGACGUGCUUUCGUGAGCCGGAAUCAGCAAGUGCUGCAAGCCGAGACGUAUACAGAUAUCAACGAGUUGUCCGCUUUAUGUGAGAUCAUUGGGCCCGCCGGCGUCAGGUUUUUCGAUGAGCAGAUUGUGGGCAUGAUUGGCAGUCUGGGGAAUAGCAUUAAGGACCUUAUGAUGCAACAUCAAGCGUUCCUCGAAGCGUUUCGGCUCAACUGGACCGACGAGGCGAAGGUCUUUGAACCCUUGAAAAAGCUGAAAGGUGUAAAAGAUCUCACCACAAGAGCCAUCCAGCUUGGGUUCAUCAUCGAAUUCCGCACAAUACUCGCAGAUGCCAGCAACAAGGUGUUUGGAGAAAAGUGCCCGCACGCGUUAGCGAGUGUAGCAACGGCGUAUACCCACUUCCCGCGAACCGCGGAGGCAAAAGCGAACCCUACGUACCAGGCUCUGCACGCACUGGCGCAAGAUUUAGGCAUUCGUCAUGCCGCGGAUGCGGAUGUGCGGGUUGCUCCGUUGCUUGCAACCUUGAUGGGCAACCCAUCGGAUGCCGGCCUAUGGUCGCUCCUCCCCUUCCUCCAAACAGCCAUGCUCUACCAGAUCGCCUUCGACGACAAUGCGACAUACAACCAGUACAUCGACGGCCUGGAGAACAACGGACACUGCCUAGCAUCUGCGUUCCGUGUGCUGCUUUCCGGGUUAAGGCCGCCACCAGGCGCGGCGUCGGGAUGGGCCGCUGAGAAGGAGUUUUUGAAUAUAUCAUCAACGGUUCUUAUGCGGCUCUUGCAUCGGACGACUGACAAGGAGCUAAUGGCGAAACAGUUGGAAUCAGCCUUCUUGGUCUUGAAACGGUUUGUGCAAGAGACGCCCGCAAUCACAUCCGGCAUCGCAGAAACGAUCAUUCCGUACGCCGUCUUCCAGAUCGUCAAUGGCAGUCUGCAUCGGAAGCGCAUGGAGCAGCUCCACCAUCAGCAGAAGAAACUACCCGGUGGGGCGAGCGUGCUGUCCAUGGCCCAUCUGGGAUCUGUUGCGUCUGGGCAGGAUGAGGAGACUGCUUUCUGAUGUCGUGACGAACGUACUUACAUACCGAUGGACAAUACAUAUUUCUUGUACUCCGACAUGUUUUCUGUUUCAACUUCCAACGUAAUCUU